ACACCCACCCAGCUUCCUGUUCCUGAGGAAAUUGGAUCUGCCAGUGGAAGAGGCCAGGAGAAGGUAUACCUACUGCCAUGAAUGUGCCCCAGCAGCCCUGGAGCCUGGGUCUGGCCGGGCAGGAUGGAUCAUGUGAGGUAAGCAGCAGCCGCCCGGGUCCAGGUCUCUAGAGCUAGAGGCCAGACACGGGCAGCAGCGGAUCCCCAUUCCCAAGACAGACUUGAUCCUCCAGCUAAGAGCAGACCAUGGGGGGCAGUGCCCCCCCAUCUUCAUGACUCCCUCACUGUGCUGCCUCUUGGGUUAAGGUGUGGCCAUCACGCCUGUGUCCCGUCCAUGAGUCCUCAGUCCUGAACUGCCUCUUUCCAGUACGUAGCCACUUUUGUGAGUGUCUUGGAGAAGAUCAUUUGAUACGGACGCAUAGCAGAGGUGGGUGUCAUUUGAGGACGUGACUGUGGAGUUCAGCCAGGAGGAGUGGCGGCACCUGGACCCUGCCCAGAGAUGCCUGUACCAGGACGUGAUGCUGGAGAUCUACAGCCACCUCGUGUCAGUGGGAUGUCGCAUUCCCAGCCCUGGAGCCGUCUUCAGGAUGAGGAGAAGAAAGCAGACACUGAAGGGGGCGGCUGAGCUCCCACUUCAGCAGUGUUGGGGUCGCGAAGUGGAAUCAGAGCUUGACACCCACCGACAGACAUUCCCUGAGUGGGCACCGUUUCAAAUUGAGAAGGCAGGUGAAGUCAGAAGAGAUGGUUCAUGGUGGUCCACUUUAGAAGAACUGUGGCAAGAUGCUGACCCUGCAAAGAGAGACCAGCAAAACCGGACCCCACCCUCGGGUCCAGGUGUUCUCCUCGACAAGAAAACACUGCGCACAGCCAGAGGCUGCGAAAGCAAAGAAUCUGGAAAAGCCAUUCCUUCGGGACCCAACCUUGUUUCUACACAAAAAGGACCUCCAAAAUCUUGCUCUCUUUCAAAAAAUUCAGCACCUAACCUAAAAAGAAAUAAACAGAAUCAAAGCAAAGUGACCAAACAGUUUAAUGAUAUUGUUACAUCUGGUCAACUCUUCACACAAGACUCUUCUAAUGCCAACUGUCCAAUUCCUCAUACAGGACAAAAGUCGUGCAACAGUAAGCAGUGCAGAAAAGUUCUCACCCAUACACAGCCACGUAUGCAGCAAGAAAUGCAGUCUCAUGAGAAACCAGACAAAUGUACUGAUUGUGGAAAGGUUUUCUACGACAAGUCUGCUUUCCAUAAACAUGAGACAGCUCACACUGCGGAGAGACUUGUUUGUCACAAAUGUGGGAAAGUCUUCUUCCAGAGGUCAGAGUUGAUCUCCCAUCAAGGAACUCACAUAGGCGAGAAGCCUUAUGAGUGUCCUGACUGUGGGAAAUCAUUUAGUCGUACAUCCAACCUGCAGGUGCAUCAUCGAAUCCACACUGGGGAGAAACCUUAUGAAUGCCAUGACUGUGGGAAAUCGUUCAAUAAUACUUCCCAACUGAAGGUACAUUAUCGAAUACAUACUGGUGAGAGACCUUAUGUGUGUCAUAUAUGUGGGAAAGCCUUCAAACAGAAGUCAAUCCUCAGCACACAUGAGACGAUUCACACUGGGGAAAAACCUUACAAAUGCACCAUCUGCGGGAAAUCAUUUAGUUGUACAUCCCGACUGAAGGUGCAUUAUCAGAUUCACAUGAAGGAGAAACCUUAUGAAUGUGGUGACUGUGGAAAAGCAUUCAAGCGAAAGUCGAGUCUCACUGUGCACCAGAAAAUUCAUAUUAGACAAAUGCACCAUGCAUGCAGUGAGUGUGGGAAAACCUUCAACCAGAAGUCAGAACUCAGCAUGCACCAGAGAAUUCACAUGGGGAAGAAUUCUCACAAAUGCAAUGACUGUGGGAAAUCAUUUACUUACGCAUCUCAAUUGAAGAUGCAUCAUCGGGUUCACACAGGGGAGAAGCCUUACAAAUGCCGGGACUGUGGGAAAUCAUUUACUUACUCAUUCACAUUGAAUGUGCACCGUCGAAUUCACAAUAGAGAGAAGCUUCAUAAAUGUAGUGUCUGUGGGAAAACCUUGGCUUCUAAGUACCAACUUGAAGAGCAUGAACGAAUUCACACAGGUGAGAAACCAUACACGUGCAUUGAAUGUGGGAAAGCAUUCCAUGGCAGGUCAGGUUUCUUGAGACAUCAGAUAACUCACACUAGGGACAAACCUUUUGUCUGCCACAAAUGUGGAAAAGCAUUCUUUCAGAGGUCACAGCUGACAUCUCAUCAGCAAACUCACACGGGAGAGAAGCCUUACAAAUGCCGUUACUGUGGGAAAUCUUUCAGUCAUACGUCUCAACUAACCGUACAUCAUCGAAUCCACACAGGGGAGAGACCAUACAAAUGCAACUACUGUGGGAAAUCAUUCAGUAAUUCCUCCCAACUGAAAGAGCAUCUUCGAAUUCACACAGGGGAGACACCUUACGCAUGCUCUGAAUGCGGGAAAGCCUUCAGCCGGAGAUCAUCCCUCAAUCUACACAUGAAAAUUCAUACUGGAGAAAAACACCAUGUAUGUAGUGAGUGUGGGAAAGCCUUCAGUCAGAAAUCAGUACUUAGAACACACCAGAGAAUUCACACUGGGGAGAAGCCUUACAAAUGCAGUGACUGUGGGAAAGCUUUAGCUUCUAAAGGCCAACUCCGAGAUCAUCAGCGAAUUCACACUGGGGAGAAACCUUAUGUGUGCACAGAAUGUGGGAAGGGCUUUUUUGGCAGGUCAUCUUUGCAUAGACACCAGAUAACUCACACUAAAGAGAGACCUUUUGUCUGUCACAAAUGUGGGAAAACUUUCCUCCAGAAGUCAGCAUUGACAUCCCAUCAGCAAAUUCACACCGGAGAGAAACCCUACGUGUGCCCUGAAUGUGGGAAAGGCUUCUACAAUAAGUCUUCUUUGCCUAGACAUCAGAUGACUCACACUAGAGGGAGAUCUUUUGUCUGUCAAAAAUGUGGGAAGGGCUUCCUCCAGAAGUCAGUGUUGAAAUGCCAUCAGCGAACACACACUGGAGAGAAGCCUUAGGAAUUCCUUGGAAAAUUGUUCCGUAAUACAUCCCAACUGAAGGACUGUCAUAUCCUCAUAUGAGUGUUGCCAGUGAGGAGCAUGGGAAAUCAUCUAGCAGUGCAUGCCAACUUCAAGUAUAGCAUCAAAUUCAUACUGGGGAAAGAUGUGUGUGUGUGAGUGUGUGUGUGUGUACUGAAUGCAGGAAGACCUUCAACAGCAUGUCAGAUUGCACUAAAUGCCAAGCAACUCAGAUUAGCCUUGUGUGAAAGGCUUUACUGAGAAACCUAGUCAUAGUCUAUAAACAUAUUUAUAACCGAGAUAUCCUGUUACUUGAAGAAAAUUCUUUAAAAGGAUUUUAAAAGACUUCAUUGUACAUUAUAGAAUUUGUACUUAAGAAAAAUAUCUAGGUAUGCACUGCUUGUUUAAACACCUACAAUAUACAGGAGAAGAAUUUAUAAAGGGCUUGCAAGGAAAAGCAUUAAAUGCAUACAUUUGUAGCAUGGGUAUAAAUUUUAUCCUAGGAGGAAAUCCUUAAAAGCAAGUUGAGAAAAGCUUCUCUAUAGAAACUAGUAUAAGACAUUGUUACCAACUAUUGGAUAGUUUGGAGGAAUCUGUAUCAACAAUAUUAUUUAUUGUGGAAUAGUAAUAUUUAUAUAGUGUGACAGAGGGGUGACAAGACAGUAUUAUACAUCAAGGUGUCUAAUGUGUAUGAUUGCAAUUUGUUUAUAUGAUGGUCAGCAUUUACAUAUGUCUAUUUCAUCUAUUUAGUGGGGUUUCCCACAGAUCCAUUGCAUAGCAGGAUUUUUUUCUUUUUCUUUUUGAAAUAGAGUCACACUAUAUAGCCCUGACUGGCCUAGAAUUCACUAUGUAGACCAGGCUGGCCUCAAACUGAAAAAGAUCUGCCUGCCUCUGCCACUCGA